GGGGCUAAAUACCGGAAAGUGUCUUGGCGCUGUGGGGCUGGGUGCUACUGAACCGGGGGAGCCGGGCGCUGUGCAGCCACCGGAGGGUGCCACAGGGCUGCGCCUGGGUGCCUGGACCUGGCGGGGGAAGGCCUCGUCUUUCUUUGCCCGGGGUGGGGCCAAAUCCAAGGAUUCCCCCACCCCUCGGCACUGAUGUUGCCAGUGCUCUUGUCUGUGCUGGUGGUUGCUGUCGCAUUCCCGCUGGGAUGUGGGUACGGCCGUGGGCAGGGCGAGGGCUGGAUCCCAGUGCCCGGCUGGACAGGGGAAAGUUGCAUGGCUCUGCUGGAGCCUCAUCUCUGUGGUUAUGCUUCUAUCUUCAGGCAGGUGCCUGGGGACAGUGGGUAUUGCUCUGGAGCAGGCUGGCUGCCUCCCUGUGGGUUCCCUGCCCAACAGCUGCCACUACUGUAGGCGUGGUGUGGCAGGGAUGAGGAGCCGGCAGCGGAUGUUUGCCGCGGUGAUGCGCCUGCUCCUCAAGUGCCUGCGGCUGGGGCGGCGGCGCCGGUUCAAGCUGUUGCGGCAGGUGGAGCAGCUGUGGCACUACGGGCACCUCUGCCUCCGCUCCCUGCUCUACAACUCCUUCACCAACGGCGACGUGGUGCUUGACUCUCUCUUCGAGCCGGUCUACUGGCUGGUGGACCAUGUCACCCGAUGGUUUGGUGUGGUGUUUGUGGCACUGGUGAUUGGGCUCACGAGCUCUAUCGUGGCCAUCGUGUACAUCUGUCUGCUGCCCCUCAUCCUGCAGACCUACACACCUGCCUGGAUAUGCUGGCACCUCGCCUAUGGACACUGGAACCUCAUCAUGAUUGUCUUCCAUUACUACAUGGCUAUCACCACUUCACCUGGGCACCCACCACAGGCCAAGAACGACCUCACUGGUGUGUCCAUCUGCAGGAAAUGCAUUGCCCCUAAGCCAGCUCGCACCCAUCACUGCAGCAUCUGCAACAGGUGUGUGCUGAAGAUGGACCACCACUGCCCCUGGCUAAACAACUGUGUGGGACACUACAACCACCGCUACUUCUUCUCUUUCUGCUUGUUCAUGACCAUGGGCUGCAUUUACUGCAGCAUCAGCGGCUGGGAGAUGUUCCGAGAUGCCUACACAGCCAUUGAGAGAAUGAAACUGCUUGAGAAGGAGAGACUGCAGGUGGCUGCCAACCAGACAUACUACCAGACCCCACCACCCACCUUCUCCUUCCGCCAGAGAGCUUUCCACAAGAGCGUGGUCUACCUCUGGGUCCUGUGCAGCUCAGUUGCACUGGCCCUGGGUGCCCUCACGCUGUGGCACGCCGCCCUCAUCACUCGCGGGGAAACGAGCAUCGAACGGCACAUCAACAGAAAGGAGAGGCAGAGACUGCAGAAGAAAGGCAAGGUGAGCAUAGCCCACGGCACAGGGGCUGGCUGGGGCAGAGCCAGACCUGAUGUGCCUCUCCCUGUCCCGCAGGUCUUCAGGAACCCCUACAGUUACGGCAGCUGGGAUAACUGGAAGGUGUUCCUGGGUGUGGAUGUGCCAAGGCACUGGCUCACCCGUGUCCUGCUGCCCUCUCCUCACCUGCCCCACGGGACAGGCCUGAGCUGGGACCUGCCUCCCUGUGUGACGGAGCAACGCGCGCCACUCCUGGCAAUCUGAGGCCCUGUGCUCUGGACAUCCCUUCCCAAGGGCAGGGGAGUGUGUGGGGGACCCACUCCACCACUGCAGCUUCCUUUGGCCAAAGUGCCUGGCAGAAGGCUGGCACAUAUCGCUGACCAGAGCCAGAGCCAUGGGAAACUAUGGACAGUGUUGGUGCCUGGACGCCUGCCCUCUUGGCUCUUGGUGGCUGCAGGCAGCCCAGGGCGAGGUGGCAGAGCUGCUGCUCCCUGCUCCAGCUGGAUGGUGCUGCCCUCAUUAGCACAGGUACGGGCUAGCAUUGGCCUAGCUCAGCUCUCUGAAGGGCUGGGCACAGAGGAUGGCACCCCCAAGUGCUCCCCAGGGAGUCUUUUUAAGACCAUCUACUAAAUACUGUUUUUUUUUAA